AUGGCUAUUUCCGAAGUGCGAGAGGUCCAACCGGAUGGUGAUACGCUUUUGAUACUGCGCAAUUCUGGCGCAACAUUUGCGAUGCACAAUACCGAAAACGAAUGGCCUAAUGCCCUACCUAAGUUUCAGACAGAAUUGUCGAUACGCCGCGAAUCUUCCAUAUUUCCAAAGGAGUCUCACACUGAUCCAUACGAGACGUUGGCUGACGACUUGUCGCUUGCUCAAGCUAAGCCAGAGCCUUUACAAAUGCGAUUCAGGCUUUGUUCAAAAACUCUGAUAAAUACGUCUCCAUAUUUCAAAAAGUCAUUAUCUGGCGAUUGGAAAGAAACAGAACCUGAACCUGGCUAUAAGUGGACACUCACAGCCAAUGACUGGGAUGGCGAAGCUUUUCUUUUGCUCAUGAGGACAUUGCAUCAUAAAACACGGGAAGUCCCUCGCACAAUACGACUUGAGACAUUGGCAAAAGUUGCUGUGCUCGUGGACUACUAUGGUUGCCACGAGGCAGUUGAGCUAUGGGCAGAAACAUGGAUCUCAAACAUUGACGAGGAGAUGAAGGAAUCCUUUUACUCGAGAGAGUUACUACUGAAACUGACAAUUGCGUGGGUCUUUUCAGACAGAAAGAGGUUCCGUUCAUUGGCCGAGACUGCAAUCCGUACGAGUCGAGGCCCAAUACCCACACUGGGGUUGCCCAUACCCUAUCAAGUUGUUGGUUAG